AUGAAGUACGUCGUCAAGCUUAAGGAUGAGCUGGCAAAACUCAAUUUUUUCCCGCGAUUCAAUAUCUGUAGCGUAGGAAAAAAGAUCAUGUGCUCCAGCCUACAGCAGUACAAGCCGAUCGGUGACCUACUGAAGAACAGUACGGUUGUUUUACGGGGACUGCCGUCGUACGAAGCGGUUACCGUAAAAGAUGAACUGGUUAGGCUCAGAUUGAAACCAGAGGCACUCCACCUAAUGGUCCACUUCACGAAGGGCUCCACCACCCUUCCUGCGCUGAAGAUCAACAUACGUAACCCGUUUCAGGUCAUUAUCUACUGGGAAUCCUACAAACCACAACACCGUGAUGUGACCCAAUGCACAAGUUGCCUCUCCUUCGGCCAUGGUACGAAGAACUGUCAUAUGAAACCACGCUGCGACAAGUGUGCUAUGGCCCACUCGAUGGCGACCUGUGCUCAAGCUGAUGAUACCGAGCUGAAGUGCGUGAAUUGCGGCGGUACUCACCGUGCCACUAGUCGGGACUGCCCCAAGCGAACGAAAUACAUCAACAUCAGGAAGAAGGUGGCUACUAGCAACCAGCCAGGCCGGCAUCGAAAUAAACGUACACUUCCAGCCAUCACGGAUGAACAAUACCCGGCAAACCAGCCCCGUCGCCUAGUCCCAAAUCUCCCACCGCUACCCUUCAACAAUCAACGAGCCACCUCCUCAGCUCAGCAUCGCCUCAUUGCUGCAGCGGCCCUGCCCUGA